AUGGCUGGAAGACGACGAGUUAUAAUCGACGUAGAUGCCGGUUCGGACGAUGCCAUAGCUUUGCUCAUGCUGAUAGCAGCGCACAAACGGGGUGAUGUGGAACUAAUGGGUAUCACUUGUGUGGCGGGUAAUACAAAUGUGGAUAAUGUUGCGAUAAAUGUUUUACGUGUUCUGGGAGCAGUAAAGGCUUUAGAUAUCCCCAUUUACAAAGGUGCAUCGGAAGGUUUGAUUCCUUUAGAUAUUCCAAAUUCCACAGAAUCUGAGUUCCAUGGUGGUGAUGGAUUUGGUGAUUUGGAGCACUAUGGAAAUGAUCCUGAUUUGAGUUUAAUUAAACCAGAAAAUGCAGUAAAUUACCUUAUUUCUGCAGCUAAACAGUAUGAAAAUGAAAUUACUUUUAUAUUUGUUGGGCCUCUGACAAAUGCAGCACUUGCAAUUAAAAUGUAUCCAGGUUUUCUAGACAAAACUAAGGAUGUUUAUAUAAUGGGUGGCAACUAUAAAGGCGUGGGUAAUAAAACAAGAGCCGCAGAAUUUAAUUUUGUAUGUGAUCCUGAGGCAGCAUUUUUAGUGUUGCAUAAUGCAAAGAAGCCAUUACAUAUUGUACCUUGGGAAACAUGUACAAGUAUUAAUCUUCCUUUGAAAUGGAGAUUUGAUGUCAUGGGACAAAUUAACAAUGCGCAAAUGAAUUUAAUGAAUCCAAUUGAGAAAAGCAUUUAUGGAAAAUACAAGACUGAUUUUUACUAUGUGUGUGAUGCUAUUUGCGUAGCAUGCUUUCUGUACCCUGAUUUGGUCAAAAAUUCAUAUGAAGUUCAUGCUACUGUUGAACUUCAAGGAUUAUAUGCACGAGGGCAAAUGGUUCUGGAUCAUAGAAAAAUAUUUGCAAAUUUACCAAAUGUAUUAUUUGUUACUGACAUCAACUUGGAAAUGUUCAAGAAAAUGCUACUAUUUGCAGCAGGCCAUGAAAAUUCAGGUUACUGA